AAGCUUGGGAAGUAUUGUGAAUGUGCCGUGGACAUGCGUCUCAGGAUGAAGAUGAGGUGGCACAAGAUGUUCCUGCUACUUUGUAUGGCUGGCCUUUGUGUGAUCUCUGUACUUCAUUUCCUGAAGGCUCUUUCCUAUGUUUCUCUAUCCCGGGAAUUGGUUUCACUGAGUCCAAACUUCAUCUCUGGCUUCUUCUGGGAGUCGCGACCCUUGUUACUUCAACAUGUAGAAAGGAUGGAUGAUGGUGCCCAGCUUUUGCGCACUCCAGGUUACUAUUGGCCCCCUCAGCUUUCUGCUCAGCAACCCAAGCCUCCACCUUCAUCACAUGGCGAAGGUCUUCGCAUAGAGGACAUGCAUCUGAAAGAAUUUGUGUUGCAGGAAGACACAGCAGAGUAUUUUGUGAGAACCAAAUCUGGAGGUGUAUGCUUCAAACCAGGUACAAAGUCACUAGACCGCCCACUUUCUGAGAGACCAGAAAAAACCUCUCCACGCAAAUCAUCCUCUGGUGUUUUGCGGCAGCAACAACAGCAAACCCAGAGACGUAGGAAAUGGGUGGAGUGUGUGUGUUUGCCAGGGUGGCAUGGACCUAGUUGCGGGGUGCCCACAGUUGUUCAACACUCCAACCUCCCAACAAAGGACCGGUUAACACCACGCCUAAAGCCACGUCGUGUUAUUAAUGCCAUUAACAUCAACCAUGAAUUUGACCUCCUGGAGGCACGGUUCCAUGAACUUGAGGGGGCUGUGGAUGUCUUCUUAAUAUGUGAAUCAAACUUCACUGCUUAUGGGGAACCACGACCUCUCAUAUUCCGCCAAAUGCUUUUCAAUGGAACGUUUGAUUAUAUUAAAUCAAAAGUGAUGUAUAUUUUCUUGGACCACUUCCCAGAAGGGGGUAAACAGGAUGGGUGGAUAGCAGAUGACUAUCUACGAACAUUCCUGACUCACAAUGGAAUAUCUCGAUUAAAAAAUUUGCGAGAUGAUGAUCUCUUUAUCAUAGAUGAUGCUGAUGAGAUCCCAAGCAAAGAAGGUGUACUAUUCCUUAAACUUUAUGAUGGGUGGACAGAGCCCAUUGCUUUUCACAUGCGCAAGUCACUGUAUGGCUUCUUUUGGAAGCAACCAGGAACCCUGGAAGUAAUUUCUGGCUGCACCAUUGGAAUGCUUAAUUUAGUAUAUGGCACAGACGGCAUACGCCUCCGCCGAAGGGAAUACUAUACUAUGCCCAACUUUCGUCAGUAUGAGAACAAAACAGGACAUAUAUUGGUUCAGUGGUCUUUGGGAAGCCCUUUACAUUUUGCUGGCUGGCACUGCUCAUGGUGCUUCCCACCAGAAGGAAUCCAUUUCAAACUGAUUUCUGCACAAAAUGGGGAUUUCCCAAGAUGGGGGGACUAUGAAGACAAAAGGGAUCUGAACUACAUAAGGUGGCUUAUAAAGACAGGGGGUUGGUUUGAUGGGACCAAACAAGAGUAUCCAGCGGCUGACUCACAUGAGCAUAUGUAUGCCCCGAAAUUUAUCAUGGAAAACACCAAACAUUUUGGAUAUUUAAUUAAAAACCCUUAUAGCUGAGGUGCUUUUUGGGAAGGGAAUGCUAUAAACGGUACAAUUAUCUUCAACUGCUUUGAAUAUCCAUUUAGGAUUCUUUUUGUUUAUUUGCACUCUCAUAG